AUGGAAAAUAUAUCCAGCAAGACCUCUGAUCACCACUCGGCUGAGAAGACCUCCAACCCGAAUACAAAAACCAGCAUCUGCUGUCGACCUUUGCGAUUGAUCAUCAUGUCAGCUACCCUGAGGGUUUCAGACUUUACCUUGAAUAAAAGCCUUUUUCCCAAGCCACCUCCCGUGAUGGAAAUCGUGGCACUUCAGUUCCCAGUUGCCGUUCAUUUCAUGCGAAGAACCCCGAUAGACUACGUCACGGAAGCAUUUACCAAAACAGCCAAGAUUCACACUCGCCUGCCGCCUGGCGGCAUUCUAAUCUUCUUAACUGGUCAGCUCAAAAUCACAAAACUGUGUCGAAAGUUGGAACAAAAGUUCGGAAAGAAAACGGUCGAGGAGAGGAAGGCUCGAAAGGCGGCCCUUCAGUCCAAGUCUUUCACACUUCCCUGUGCACAGGCAUUCCCAUCAGCAGGAGAUCUUGAUAGCACUGUUUGUCGAGAUAAUCCACUUGUUUGUCUCUACCCAGAUGGAUCGUUUCUGCUUACCCAGAAGAAAAGCUGUCCACUUGGGUAA